ACUUGCACGCCUCCCCCUACUCCCAUCCAAAAAAAAUAACAGUCAGAAGCACUCUUAUUACAGCAGUGGCACUGGCGUUACUCAUUCAUUCACAUUCAGGAACUCUCCAAGUAUUUAUUAAGGGCUUUCUGGGUCUGACUCUGAUAGUCUCAUCUCUUCUCAAUUCUGAGAGAUCUUAACUCCAGAAGACUCAGAGACUUUUAGGAAAAAGCCGCAGAAUGCUAUCUAAAGAAAUGCUUUCUUUGACAAUUCUACUUUGUGCUCUCUGGUCUUCCUCCUCUGCUCUGAACAAUGAGGACUAUGAUCUCAUGUUCCUGAAUUUCGAGAAUGAAAUAGAAAGCAUGGUUCCUGCUACUGAAGAAACUAUUUCAUGUAACUGUCAGCAAGAGCAUACAAAAUGGGACAAACUCUUCAUCAUGCUUGAGAACUCACAGAUGAAAGAGAACAUGUUGCUUCAGUCCAUUGAUGAAAUCCUUAAGGUGGAACUGCAAACACUACGAACAGAAAUGAUCCAGUUUGUGGCUAACUUUGCCGGCACAUGCACCACCACCAUUGAGAAAGUCACCUCCCAAGUCUUGUCCCAGGUGGACCAAACACUGAGGAGGAACAGCAAUCACAUUCAGGAGUCCAAGACACUUCAUGAAUCUGAGCAAAGAAAGAUUCUUGAUGAGAUUCUGCAGCUAAGUCACAAUGUGUCUAACAGACUCACCCAGCUGGAAAGCGUUUGGCAGAGGGCAGCUAAAGUGGAGACAGGUUUUCAGCAGCCAGAUAAAUCCAGUUACAUAGCUAGAGAGGACAAGUUCAUUUUGAACUCUCUGUGGGAAGAACUACAGCAAACACGAGCUGAACUGAAAGGAUCGCAAAAGUGGGCAGCUCAGCACUCGCUGCCAGCUGGAUGUGAAACUGCGAUUUUAUUCCCAAUGCGUUCCAAAAAGAUCUUUGGGAGUGUUCACCCAACUGUUGAAAUGAUGCUUCAAUCCUUUACUGCCUGCAUUUGGGUCAAAGUGACUGAGGUGCUGGACAAAACGAUUAUAUUCUCCUAUGGAACAAAGAGAAAUCCAUAUGAAAUUCAAUUCUAUCUCAGCCGUGAGUCUGCAGUACUUGCUGUGGGUAGUGACCAGAACCAGUUAAUUGCUCCAAACACAACUUCUCCUGGACAAUGGGAACACUAUUGUGGCACUUGGAGCUCAGACAACGGGACCAUAUCAUUGUGGGCAAAUGGGGAGCUUGUCGCUACCGCCUCAGAAAUAGCAGGGGCUCAUACCAUUCCUGAUGGAGGAAUUUUGCAGCUGGGCCAAGAAAAGAAUGGUUGCUGUGUCGGGGGUGGUUUUGAUGAAACUUUAGCCUUUUCAGGAAAAUUGACUGGUUUUAAUCUCUGGGAUAGAGUUCUCAGCAGUGAGGAGAUAACAGCACGGCCUAGAGCAGAAGAUUCAUGUAAUAUCAGGGGCAAUGUUGUUGGGUGGGGAGUGACAGAGAUUCUGACACAUGGAGGAGCUCAAUAUAUUUCUUAAAUACUGAGAAACUAGAUCCUGAACUGAAGAAUGAAUUUUCAUUAACAACAAUAUACCAAUAGGUACAAACAAGAGGGUCUAAAUUCUUAAACUUCAAGAAAAAAUUGUAUUACAAGUACACAAGAGGUAUUCAGGUAUUGGAUUUGAUCUCUGUCUGCUGUCUUGGCCAAAUUAUAUUGGAAAAGAUGUCUUUAAAUACAGAUAAACUGCUAACACUCUAACUUAGCGUUUUCAGAUUCAUGGCCAUGGGGCUAUUUGCACACAGUUGAGAGCAAAAUGUUGUGCUUACAUUCAUGGCUAAGCUAAAAAUAUGCAAACAAUGGCUGGAACUGCUUUUAUAGAACUUACAUAAGACUGUUGCAUUUGCUCUGUGAUUCCCAGUUUGUUUUCAUAUUGUUAAUGUCACUCUUAUAAAUGAAACAUCUGUGAUUUAUAAAGUAAUAUUUGUUGUUGUUUAUUACUCUUUGUUACUGGUAUGUACACUAUCAUGAAGUUACUGUCUUCUUUGAAACAUUAUUUAUGCUAAGGAUUAUUCUAAUGUAUAACUAGACAUAGUAUUCCCCAUAAUAGCCCAGUGUUACCUUUUGUGAAGAUACAGCUGUAUUAUAUUGUAAAUGGAUUUUGUAAUAAUUUUAUUGAAAUUAUUUUUGUAAAGUUGUCUUGUAAAUAAAAUACUUUAUCAAACUGACA